GCGUACGCGCUCGCCGGGGAUGACGGCAAGGACUCCUUCGGCCGCGAGGCCCUCGACACCCUCAUCAAGCUGGUCGAGGACUUCCGCUCGGACCUCGUGGUCAUACUGGCGGGCUACAGCCUCGAGAUGGGGAAGCUGCUGGACACCAACCCUGGCCUGCGUAGCAGAUUCCCCACCGUGAUCGAGUUCGACGACUACACGACGGAGGAGCUGCUGGAGAUCGCGGACUCGAUGCUGCUGCAGGACGUGCUCAUGCUGUCGCAGGCG